AUGCUUAAACAUGGCAGAGCUGGUGUACCAAUGGAAGUAAUGGGUUUAUGCUUGGGAGAAUUCGUUGAUGAUUAUACGAUACACGUUACAGACGUAUUCGCCAUGCCUCAAUCUGGUACAACCGUUAGCGUAGAGAGUGUUGAUCACGUAUUUCAAACUAAAAUGCUUUCAAUGCUUAAACAAACUGGUAGAUCAGAGAUGGUUGUUGGUUGGUACCACAGUCACCCUGGUUUUGGUUGUUGGCUGAGUAGUGUUGAUAUAAACACUCAGCAAUCAUUUGAGCAACUUAAUCCACGCGCUGUUGCUAUCGUUGUUGAUCCAAUUCAAUCUGUUAAAGGAAAGGUCGUCGCAGACGCUUUCAGAUUAAUUGACGCUCAAAACGCUUUAAUGGGUCAAGAAUCGAGACAAUCAACGUCAAACGUUGGUCAAUUGAUUAAACCUUCUAUUCAAGGUCUUAUUCAUGGUGUUGGUAGACACUACUACUCGUUGGCUAUUCAAUACCGCAAAUCAAAAGCAGAGGAGCGUAUGUUAAGCUCUCUUAGUGGUAAAGCUUGGACAAAAGGCUUGGAAGUUGAGAAAGCUGAUGAAUUUAGACACAAGAAUGAAAACGCUGUCGAAAAAUUCUCCAAUUUGGCUGACCAAUAUGGUAAAUCUGUCGCAGAAGAACUUACAUUGACACCUGAACAAUUAUCUACACGACACGUUGGUAAACAGGACCCAAAGAGGCACCUUGAAGAGCAUGUUAACACAUCACUUGAAUCAUCCACUGUACAAAUGCUCGGUAUGGGCGUCUUAACGAGCGUAUAA